GCGGAUGUGUUCUAAAAUAGUUACAUAUCAAUUAUUUAUUUAGUAAUGUAUUUCAUUAAAUAUAGUUCUUUACAAACUUUAUUUUAAAAUUAAAACUUUUAUACUAUUUUGCUAUUAUUUGGGAUGCAAUCAUCGCUUACAAUAUAGGCUGACUGUUGGAAAAAUAAUACCGACUUGCAUAAAUGGUUUAUUUUCUGUUAAUCAAAGAAACCUGUUGAAUGCAGUUAUUUGUUCAUUCGCCAUCAGCCACUGCCUAAGUGAUUAUGGGAGGUUGUGAUAUCCGAUUCUUGCUGCUCAUUACAUUGGCCCUAUUACCUAAUAUCUACGGGCAAUCACAUGAGUGGGUAGCCGAAUAUGGAGACUGUAGUGCACCGUGUAAUGGAGGUAUCGAGUUUCUGAAUAAGGUGUGUUAUUCAACCGGUGUAGAUCGACAAAAAGUUGCCGUAACCUACUGUGAAGUACCUGCAAUUCCUGAAUUACUUGCUCCGAAAACGCGCCCAUGCAAUUCACAACCGUGCUCAAUGUGCGACAGAGAAUAUACUGGAGCGACUGGUGUUUUGACGUCUCCGUAUUGGCCAGAAAAGAAUGCUAUACAGCAGUUCUGUCGUCUUAAAAUACAAGUUGAGAAAUCUAAAAGAAUUCUUAUAGCUUUCCAAGAAUUCAUUCUGGAGGGACUUCAGCUGGAAACAAAUAUGGGAUUAACAGAAAAGAGCGUUUGCACAUGUGGAAAUUUAGUUGAGCUCUCUGAUAUGACUUCAUCUCAUCGUGUAACUAGCUACUGUGGUACAAAGCAGACUUUCUCCUGGGUUUCUGAAUCAAAUGAAGUGCAAUUAGAUUUUGUCACAGACUCUAACCUGGUUUUUAAUAGGUUUGAAGCAACGUACAGUACAUUAGAUGCUGUCCCAAGUUGCUAUUCCUUUAUUGAUAUUACCAGCGAGGUUAACCUUCGGCAAGGAUUCAUUACAUCAGAUAAUUUCCCAGAUUACUACAAUAACGAUCUACACUGCGAAUAUGUGCUGCAUGCGGAUCCCCAUCAUAGAAUAGUUUUGUAUUUUGACCAGUUUAACUUAGAACCCAGUACAUCCUGCACAGCUGAUAAGCUAAUGGUUGAAGAUUUGUUAUCAAGACGUUCAGAAACGUAUUGUGGUAUAAUGCCACAGUUUGCAUGGAUGUCCGACAGCAAUGAAGUGAGGAUACAAUUCUUGACCGAUGAUUCGCAGAAAUACCAAGGAUUCAUUAUUGGCUAUGAAGUUAACGACAGACCUCCUGCUUCUGAAUUCAACGUUGAAAUGAUUGAUGUUUCCGGUACAUUUACAAGUCCACAUUUUCCAGCCGCCUAUCCUGCAGAUGCUGAAGUCCACUACUAUAUACAAGUUCCGGCGGACCAAUACAUUUUAAUCCAAUUCAGAGACUUUUGGUUAGAGAGUGAAGACUCGUUCUCUUCCCCGUUUACGAGUAGAGUGCGUCGUAGUACCAGUACUCUGUCGAAACGCCCCUAUGAAACGUUUUCUUGUCCAGAUAAGAUUGUUGUAAAAGAUCUUUACUAUAGUAACUUUUUAUUGGAGGAGUACUGUGGUCAUCAGCAAGAGUUUACUUGGAUAUCUCGAAGCAACGCCGUGAUUGUGACCUUUACCUCUGAUUCAGACGAAGAAUUCAGAGGAUUCAGAGCUACGUACAGAUCACUUCAAAGAACACCCCCACCCGAAUGGGAGCUAAUCUUCCGUAAUGUUGCCGGAAAUAAUGAAGACACAUACAGCCGAUGGAUAGACUCGAGAGCAUAUGGAUAUUUUCCCCCUGAUAUUAAAUCUACACAGUAUAGGGGGCUUUACAAAAGUGACUUGAUGUUGGAUUGGGCCGAUAUAGGAAUCAAGAGGAUAAAAAUCAACUUGUAUAAAGAUGGUGUUGGAGUUAAACAGUUCAGAUUUUAUGCCGAGGAAUCAACGAAUAAUGAUGAUUGGUUUACAUGCGAAAAUCUGAUAUAUAGCCCUUACACAGAUCUCAGGGAAUGUGAUUUUACCGGCAAGAACCGUCGAGAAUUUUCUUUACCAUUUGAAAUUGAGGAUGGUCAUGCGUCCGAUUCAAAUUGCUCAUAUGGUAAAGUAUGGUUAGAUUUGGAGGACGUUUCGUCAGGCGUCGGUAGUUGCUAUUAUGAAACUACAACUAGUGGACGACCGUACUUUGCUUAUAGCUCACGUAACACCGCCGGAGAUACAUCUACUGGCGAAGGUAUAGGCUUUGCGGAUGUGUUUGGAAUCUUCAUUCAACGCGAUUGCCAUGACUAUGUCGACUUAAAAGCAUCAGACACUUCAACUAUCAAGUCACGUCGAUCUAACGAUCUUUAUAUAAAGGAUGAGAUCUGUGAUAUAACUGUACAGUUAAAACCCGAUGAACGAAUCUUCCUUCAGUUUAGUAAUUUUAUACUCCAACAGGGCGACUGCAACCAAGAUUAUCUUGAGAUUGAAGAUGUACUAACAGGUGCUAUUGACAAAGUCUGUGGAACACAGGAACAGGUUACGUGGACAUCCUCUGGUAACAGUCUUCUCUUGAGAUUUCGCACAGACUCAACGAUCUCAUUUACUGGUUUUGAAACAACAGUUUCGAAAGAAUUCAGAGAUACAGAAGAUUGCUCUGCUGUCAACUAUGAUGAACAAGGAAUUUUAGCCACAACAAAUACACCUAUACCGACAUCCAGUUUUUUUUUAGAGGAUUGCUCCAAUGUAAUUCACGUACAUCCAAGCCAGAAAAUUGUAUUAACAUUCAAUGAGUUUGAUUACCAAUUCGACGAUUGUCCUCAGUUUAGAAUCAAUGAUCGAGCCGAUGAUAACGGAGGAAUAGACGUAUACGGAAAUCUUUACCCGUUUUCGUGGACAUCUCAAAGUAACGAGUUCAUUGUAUCAUAUUGUGCUCUCACACCCUAUCGCAAUUACUUGGUGUAUAAUGCAACAUAUAGAUCAAUUUCAACUAUUCAAGCUGCUGCUGUUAUAUCAUUCAAAGAUGCCGAACGACCAGGUGUGUUUAGUUGGCCGCAAACCACAGCCACAACUACAGACUCAUUUCUCAUCAUAAGGUCGCAUCCUAACGAUCUACAGCGGGUUAUAUUAACGAUCAGCGAUUUUGUCUUAUCUGAGCAAUCUUGUAGCAGCUUCAUGAAGAUAAUUGAUACAACCACUCAAAGACAAUCAAUGUAUUGCGGAACCGAAUACCAGCCAUUCACCUGGACUUCUGAUGCAAAUGAGGUCCUGCUUCACUUCAAACACAACAGUAAUGAACAACAUCAAGUGAAUGCAAAUUACCGCAGCUAUCCUCGUACACGGUUUGACUAUUACAGCUUCUACACUCUAGAUUCUACGACAACUGUUCGCAAAAGAGGAGCAGAACAUUUGCUUGCGGGUGGAAGUUUUACCAGUCCAGGCUAUCCUGAAAAAUACCCCAACAACCAUAACUACGAGGAAUACUUGAUUCAUGCACCGCCCAGUUUUAUUGUUGUCGUGACAUUUAAAGCAUUCAGCUUAGAAGAUGAAACUGUUUCAAGCUUAGAAAUAAAAUGCGAGCAUGACUAUGUAGAAUUAUACGACGUAUUAGGAGAACCGGUUGUAUUUUGUGGAACAAAAACCCCGUUUGCUUGGGUUUCUACGGGCAACGAGGUUCUUGUCAAGUUUGUAUCAGAUUCGCACACUGUGAAAACGGGGUUUAGCGCCGAGUAUCACUUCCAACCACGUCUUUCCGAUCAAAGCUGUGGAGGUCUUUUUACAACAGAUGUAGGUAAUUUUUUUUCUCCCGGUUAUCCACAUCGAUAUGGCAAUAAUAUUGUGUGUCAAUACCGCUUUCAGACGGCUCCCGGAAAACAUUUUACUAUCAAAUUUUUGCACCUUGACAUUGAAGACCAUGUUGAUUGCGAGAAAGACUUUAUUAACCUUUUUGAUGUUUCAACGAACAAAGAAAAGUCUUUUUGUGGAUUUAAACAAAAUGCUCCGAUGACGUGGGAAUCUGACAGUAAUCUGGUAUUUGCAAAGUUCAAAAGCAAUGACCAUUACACAUUUUCAGGAUUUUUGGCCUCAUAUGAAGUUAAGGAUAUUGACAAAGCAUCCGCUUGUGUUCAAAGUUUCGAGGGCAUUACUGGACAUAUCUCUUCACCUUGGUUUCCGUUGCCAUAUCCGAACGAUAUCACAUGCGUGUACACUAUCAAAGUAGCAAAGGAUUUCUUUAUCAAUUUGGCGUUUGAAGUUUUCGAUCUCGAAGAGAAAACAGCGGACACAGAUGUCUGUGGUUAUGAUUAUUUGGAGGUAAGCAAUCCUUCAAAUACCCAAGAAACUCAGUUAUUAUGUGGCAAGAAAAAUGCAAUCCAGAUUGGAAUUUCAAACAAUAUUGCCAUCCUAACAUUUCAUAGUGAUUUUAUCAAAGUUGGACAAGGUUUCUACCUCACAUAUUCGCAAACAGAUCAAAUACAGCAAGUAACUACAGGUUGUGAUAAGCAGCUAACGACUUUGACUGGAGAAUUUACCAGCCCAAAUCACCCAUUGAAUUAUCCACUAAACAUCGACUGUGUUUACACGAUCGUCGUUGAUCCGAUCUAUAAGGUCGUACUUACCUUUGACCCAUUCAAUGUUGAAUUUCAAGACACAUGCAAAUAUGAUUUUUUACAGGUUAUCGACAAAGCCGGAGAUACGGAAAAGAAAUUUUGCGGUAGAUAUUCCGAUCCGUUAAUCGUACAAUCAACAAACAACAAAGUGGUAAUAAAAUUUCAUUCCGACAAUAUGACACCGAGCUCCGGGUUUAGAGCCCGCUAUGAGUCAUGGCUUCUCCCCACAUCUGCUCCAGUAAUCACAGGCUGCCCGCAUGUGGAACUGGUAACACCUACAGGAAUUCUUUCAUCGCCUAAUUUUCCACGAAACUACGACCUCAAUAUAGACUGCAGUAUUAGAAUUGUUUUGCCAAAAAGUUACGUCUGUCGUAUACAUUUCGAAACAUUUGAUGUAGAAGACGAAGAGACUUGUAACUAUGAUUUUGUAAAGUUAACAAGUUAUCCAGGUAAGAAAGAACAGUAUUUUUGUGGACAUCGUAAUGCAUUCGACUGGACAUCAUCUGGUAACAUCUGUAUGUUGGAUUUUCACAGUGAUGACUAUAUAACAAAAGGUGGUUUCAAAGCCACCUAUGAAGCAGUAGAAAUAUUAAAUGUCGUUCCAAUAUCAUCGGAGUGUAUCCAGACUCUAGGAGAUAAAAGUGGCGCAUUUACCUCACCACACUACCCAGACGACUAUGAUCUUUUAAGUGAAUGCAUCACCACAAUAUUCGUGCCCUAUGGAAAUAUAAUAGAAAUUGAAUUUAAUGAUUUUGAGAUUGAAUACGAAGAUGAUUGCAGUUGGGACUUCGUACAAAUUAUAGAUUUGCCGUCCUACAGAACGUCACCGAAGUACUGUGGAGUACUUGACAAAUUCACAUAUAUCUCUGAAACAAACAAGGUCCAAAUUAUUCUUUCCAGUGAUGAAUAUGUGUCAGCUAAAGGGUAUUCUGCAAGUUAUGCACAGAUCAGUUAUCACUUGAAAUGAUAGAUUAAACAUUAAAAAAAAACAAAUUUUAAAGAUUGCUCCAAUUCAAAUACAUACCAAAAACAUUUGAUAUUGAAUAUGUAGUAACAAAAAUAAAUAUUUGAAUCGUAUUCUA